AUGCAAAUGCACUUCAUCCGGCACGACGGCACGGCGCACGAGUUGACGGACUCGAAGCCCACGGUUCGCUUCGUGGUGGCAGGCACUGGGGAUCUCCUGGCGGUGCACCCGGGGCCCGUUGAGGGCCCGCCCGGGCGGCCGGAGAUGGUGUACACCUUGAGCUUUGCGUCAACUUACAAGGAGUUUGUGCUCGCCACGCCGGGCAAGGGCGCGUCAGCCAGCCGCGCCUACAAGGGCCAACCCGCCGCCAACGCCUUCGACGGUGACCUGGGGACCUACUGGAACGGAUGCUGCAAAGGUUACCCGACCCAGACUCUAUCCUACAGCUUUUCGGAGCCCAAGCACGUGACUGCCUACGGGAUCACGACCUUCAGCGGCGAGUGCCCUGCGGCAUGGGUCCUGGAAGGCAGCUUCGAUGGCAAGACCUUCUCCAAGUUGGACGAGCGCACGAAUGAAGGUUGCCAUGAUUGGGUCGAGAAGGUCUACCGGCUGCCGUUUGGAAGCACGCAGCUGGUCUUUCAGUGGAAGUUCUCGAAAGGAGUGGGAGGCAACAGCAACGGCAUGGUCCUGCGCGGGGUGCGGCUCUUUACUGACAAGAAG